AUGGCGGGUUUCUUCGCCUGCGCGUGCGAGAGGGGCGGCGGCCGUUUUUGGUAUGCGGACCCCGCGCGCCUCGCCGUCGGGCGCGCGGCGGAGGCCCGACGCGACGCGGCGUUUCGCGCGACGGACAUGCGGGAUGGCCUCCGGCGAAUCAAAGAAUCGCUUCGCCCUCAAAACCCCACGGGGACGGCGGCCGGUUCGGAUGCCGCGGGUUUAUGCGAUCCGGAUUUGGUUCCGGAAGAGGAUGCGACGGCCCGGCGAACUCAUAAUGAACCACCGCCGGCUCCGGUGGGGUGUGGUAUUAUGGCCCUUGCCGUCCCCUUGCCAGGGCUUUCGGCACGGGAUUUAGCCGCGUCGUGGGAGGUUCUUUCGAAAUAA